AUGACAAUCUGAAGAGCUACUAUUUUUCCAAACUCGCUCUGCUUUUUUUCCGAUAUGCCAUGCUCUGGUUCACGGUUGGCACGGCAAGGCCCAUCGCGAUACUGGAGCAAUUACAUCAUGCCUCAAUCAUGGCCCAGUGUUUGUUGAAGUUAGUGCCGACACCUAUAAAGCCGCCAUCACAACCUUUUUCUUGUAUUGUUAUACAAGAAAAGCAAUAUUCAAGACGUCGUUGAAUGAACCUUUUGCGUGAUGCCUGGCGACAUAGUAACAAGAGAACUGAAAGAACCAAUCACUUUGGUUGAGUAUCUCUAUCGUCGUCUGUAUGAGGUCGGUAUCCGCUCGAUCCACGGAGUUCCUGGUGAUUACAAUCUGCAGGCUUUGGACUAUGCGCCCGGAUGUGGUUUAACCUGGGUAGGGAACUGCAAUGAACUUAAUGCUGGGUAUGCUGCCGACGGCUAUGCUCGAAUUAAGGGCAUCGCUGCUUUAAUUACAACAUUUGGUGUUGGCGAAUUGUCAGCCAUCAACGCAAUCGCGGGUGCAUAUUCGGAGUACGUACCUAUAGUACACAUCGUCGGUCAGCCUAAAACUGCAUCUCAACGCGAUGGAAUGCUUCUUCAUCACACUCUCGGCAACGGAGACUAUAACGUCUUCGUCGAUAUGAACGCUAAAGUGACGUGUGCAGUGGCCCGUUUGAACGACGCUCUCGAAGCGCCAAUAUUGAUUGAUGACGCAAUUCGAGAGUGUUGGAUUCGGAGCAGGCCAGUUUAUAUCACCCUUCCGACAGAUAUGGUGCAGCAGAAGGUUGAGGGAAAGCGAUUAGAGACACCAAUAGAUCUCGCGAAUGCACCUAACGAUCCCGAAAAGGAAGAAUAUGUGGUAAGCCUUAUAUUAAGGCUUUUGCACGAGGCAAAGGAUCCUGUCAUUCUUGUUGAUGCAUGUGCUAUCCGUCAUCGUGUGCUCGCUGAAGUGCAUGACCUCGUGGAACAAUCCGGCUUACCCACUUUUGUGGCACCGAUGGGAAAAGGCGCCGUGAAUGAGACUCAUCCUAAUUAUGGAGGAGUUUAUGCGGGUGAUGGCUCUAAAAAGGGCGUGCAAGAGAGAAUAGAGCAGUCCGACCUCAUUCUCAAUAUUGGUGCUAUCAAGUCGGACUUCAAUACAGCCGGCUUUACUUAUCGGAUUGGGCAAUUGAAAAGUAUUGACUUCCAUAGCAGCUACAUCAGAGUACGAUACUCAGAGUAUCCAAACCUAAGCAUGAAAGGGGUUCUUCGCAACGUUGUUCAACGGUUAGGCAAGCUGAAUAUUGGCUCCGUCCCACAUGUUUCCAACUCGAUGCCCCCGCAGGAACUCGAAUCAAAGGACCAAACAAUAACGCACGCUUGGUUGUGGCCUAUUGUGGGACAGUGGCUUCAAGAAAAUGAUAUAUUCAUCACUGAAACUGGCACUGCGAACUUUGGAGCUUGGUCUACGAGGUUUCCGAAAGAUGUGACAGCUAUAAGCCAGACACUAUGGGGAUCGAUCGGAUAUUCUGUAGGUGCCUGUCAUGGAGCUGCACUCGCUGCGAAGGAUGAGAAUUCAAAUCGUCGGACUAUUCUAUUUGUUGGCGACGGUAGUUUCCAAUUAACAGCUCAGGAAGUGAGCACUAUGCUGAGACAGAAGCUGAGACCAAUUAUAUUUGUGAUAUGCAAUAACGGCUAUACGAUUGAACGCUUCAUUCAUGGAUGGGAUCAAUCUUACAAUGAUAUCCAACAAUGGAAUUUCAUCGAAAUACCGUCAGCUUUUGGCGGAAAAAGGGACGAAUACCAAACACACCAGGUCAAAACACGGCGUGAGCUGACUGAUCUUUUGGCAAAUGAGGAUUUUUCUGCGGGACAAUACUUGCAGCUCGUGGAAUUGUAUAUGCCCCAAUACGAUGCCCCUCUCGCAUUAGAGUCAACAGCCACCGCGUCGGCGAAGCAGAACCAGCGAAAGUAGAAUUUAUCCUAACCCAUUUUUAUACCCAAGGUUAUAGAGCAAGACAGUUAAGAGGUAGAUGGACUGUUACUAGACGAACAACAAGACAGCGAUCCUGAUAGGCAUACAUCGCUAGUAAAUUAAUAUUAAUAGUCAUGUUAUUCUUGGUUCAUUCGCAUACCUCAAACUUUCCAG